AUGCCGUCUUAUGUUAUUACCGGGGCCUCCAGGGGUAUCGGGUGGGAGUUCCUUCGCCAGCUGUCCGGCGACCCAAAGAAUACCAUAAUUGGGAUUGUUCGCAACAAGUCUCCAACUCAGGAGAAGGUGACGGAAGAGUUGCCGGAACGUACCAACAUCCACAUCCUGCAGGCCGACAUCACCGAUUAUACUGCUUUGGAGGCUGCGGCCGUAGAAACUGCCACGAUCACUGGCGGGAGACUUGAUUAUCUCAUUGCCAACGCUGGGCUGGUAUCCAAGUUUGAUGCCUACGAUUCGAUUGGGGUUCUGGGCCAACAGCCUGAAGCUCUGGAGAAGAGCCUUAGCGAGAAUAUAAAAAUCAACGUCACCGGCAACAUUCACUUGUUCAACUUGUUCAUGCCCUUGAUUCUGAAGGGAGAGGUCAAAAAGGUCAUUGCGAUUUCGAGUGGCCAGGCCUCCCUCGAUGCCAUCUCCGAGUUGGGGAUUGAGGUCGCCCCUCUCUAUGCUAUCAGUAAGGCAGGUCUGAACGCUGCCGUGGCCAAGUUCAGUGCGCAGUAUGUCAAGGAUGGUGUUCUUUGCAUGAGCAUUUGUCCUGGGAUGGUUGAUACCGGUCACUUCGCUGAUGCAACCGAGGAGCAGCAGAAGGGCUUGGCAGGGAUGUUAGGUGCAUUCGCCCGGUAUGCACCCGACUUCAAGGGUCCCACUCCACCAGAGACUGCGGUGAAGGAUGUAAUCUCGGUAAUCGAAAAGGCAAGUGCGAAGGGUGGCGAUGGCGGUUCUUUUGUCUCGCAUUUCGGCAACCAACGGUGGCUAUAG